AUGGCUGUGGGUCUUGCAACAGUUUGUGUGCCGAUGUAUAUAUCUGAAUUUUCUCCAGAUAGAUCUCGUGGUUUCUAUGGAACUCUGCAUCAGCUCCUCAUCACCAUCGGUAUUCUCGUUGCUACUCUCCUGGGUCUCGCGUUCGGUUCCCCCCCCACUGACACCGACUUUGACUACCAAGUAACAACAUUCCAGCAGUGCUGGUGGCGUUUCAUGUUGGCUUUCCCUGCUGGUGUAUCUAUCAUAGCAAUUCUAUUGCUAUGGCUUGUAUACACCACAGAAAGUCCUCAUUUCUUGAUGCAUCAGGGGCGCAAGAACACCGCGGUGGCGCUGCUGAAGGAGCUUCUAGGGAAAGAAGAUGUUUCAAACGAAAUACAAACAAUAGAAGUUGCAAUAUGUCAACAAAAAGUUCUCGAAGCAGAGAGUUUAUCUUUCCAGCAGUUCACCGGUAUCAACAUAUUGGUGGCAAACAGCAACAAAUUGUAUACAUCUUUGAAUAUAGAUGCAUCUCUUGUUACUGCAUUGACUGUUGUUAUGGGUUUUGUUAAUGUUCUUAUGACUGUACCCGCUAUAUUCCUUAUGGAUAGACUAGGAAGACGAACACUGCUGCUUGCAGGUUGCUUCGGCCAAGCUGCAUCGACGAUCGUGGCUCUGAUAGCUAACCUUGUGGAUAGAAACAAUACAGCAGUUCAAUGGUUAACAGUUGCAUGUAUAUAUUUAUUUGUUAUUUCUUUUGCUGUUGGUUAUGGACCUGUACUUUGGGUGUAUUUGCAUGAGAUAUUUCCACCUGAAAUCAAGCAAACGGGUGCUUCUGUUGCGUCAGCAAUCAACGCUAUUGCAACAAUUAUUGUUGUUCUUCCUUCUGACUUUGUUCUUACAUCAGAUAUGAGAGUUAUGUUGGGUAUUUGUGGCGGAACAUCUUUGAUUGCUUUUAUAGUUUCACUGAUAUUCAUGAAGGAAACCGCCGGCUUAUCGAUAGAUGAAUCGCCGUAUUUCAAGGGAAAGCGCAGAGUAAUGAGCAAAUAUUUCGAUGUUACUGGACUCAAUAACCCAGGACAACAAGUUCCUUCUCUUGCUUCUGGCCAUUUCUCAGCAACACAGCUCGCACCAGCACCAUCAGGCCACGGCAAGGAGCUCUCCGCGUAA